AUGCAUUCCCCUCUCAUAUUUCGUUUAUUGACUUUCGAGGUCAUCACAAAACGACGACGACGACGACGACGGAUGCGCGGUGAUCCAAACUGCCGAUAGAUGGCGUUUCUUUAUUCUUGAGAUUUUAACAUGGCGGCUCCCUUGCAUCCGAUCGUGUACUGGGCACAAAAGGCAGAAACUAUUACGUUAAGAGUCGAUUUGAAGGAUGUUAAGGAUCCAGAGAUACAACUUACGAAAAAAAGCCUUACAUUUAAAGGUGUUGGUAUUGGUGCUGCUGGCUUAAACUCUUACCAAUUCACUCUGGAAUUUCUAAAGGAAGUUGAUCCUGAGGGAAGUGCAUAUAGAAUAACAGACCGUGAAGUAAAUUUUGUGUUAAUGAAAGUUGGAGCAAGUGUACAGUGGCCCAAGUUGACACUGCCAGAGAACAAAGAACCCUGGCUAAAGAUUGACUUUGAUAAAUGGACAGUUGAAGAUGAUUCUGAAGAUGAUGAACUAAGAAGAAAAGCUGAAUUCGAGAAAGACCAGUUGAAACAGAUUGAGAAGCAGCUAACUGAAUGUGAAGCUGAAGCCUAUGCAGACUUCAAAAAGAUGUAUCUUUGUCUGUAUAAUUUCAUACAGUUUAUUGGCUUCUCAUAUAUCUUCAUCUAUUUACUGGUAAACUUUGUGAUAAAGGGGCAAGGUAUGAAGCAAGCCUACAGUGGAGUUAUUUUCCCGUUAAGUUUAUGCCAGUGCUUAUCCAUCUUAGAAAUUAUUCAUCCGCUUGUUGGCUUAGUAAAGACGGGUGCAGUGGCACCGUUAAUACAGGUUACCGGUAGAAAUGUGGUGCUCUUUGCUGUCAUCAGAAAUGAAGCAAGAAUUGAGAGUGAGCCAAUUGUGUGCUAUUUGUUUCUUGUCUGGAGUUCAAUUGAAUUGGUGAGGUAUCCUUUUUAUAUGCUGACUAGUAUUGGUCAAGAAAGUGUAGUAAUAUCCUGGCUUCGCUACACAUUAUGGAUUCCAUUAUAUCCUGCAGGAUUAUUGUCUGAAAUUUUAACCCUUUGGACUGCCAUUCCAUUUUAUGAAGUAACUCAAAGGUUUUGCAUAAAAUUACCAAAUGUUUUGAAUAUUUCUUUUGACAUGGUAACAUACCUUUAUAUCCACAUUGCUGCCAUUCUUAUAGCUGCCCCUACCAUGAUGUCACAUAUGUGGAGACAGAGGCAGAAGAGGUUUGGCAGCAAGAAGAAAAUCCAUUAAUAAUACUGUAAUGUUUUUUUCAGUAAAUUGAAAGUGAGGUGUAAUUACAAAAUAGUCUGGUGGUACGAAACAUGAAGAAUAAGCUAUUUAUGUAUUUAGAUGGUUGGUGUAAUAUCAUGAGGAAGACCAUUUUAAAAAAAUAUAAUUUCUGAAAACACAUUUUAGAGAAAAUCACCUUGUAAGAUAAAUGACUGAUUAAUUCAAUCAAAACAGUUUUACAAACUACUGGACCACAGUACCUGAACUUAUUUUUUGAUAUAUAAAGUUGACCUGAUGUACAACACUGCUCAACUUGUCAUGAAAUCUCUCUGACAUAGACUUAGAUAAAAAUUACAUUUUGUUUUGUUUCGUUUUAAAUCUUAACAUAAUGCAAGUUACAGUAGCUCUAUCAACUUGCUUAAAGGGGUGGAGGCUCCAGGUUUAAGAUUUCUAUUAAAAUCUAUAUAGACCAGUCGAUUUGCACCUUGCUGAUAAGAUUUUCACAGGUGUUUGGAGAGCAGUAGGGCAGAACAAGCACUGCAAACUGGGUUCCUAAAUACUAGUGGUGGCAUUACUCAAAUUAUACAGUGUAUUAACAUAGGAAAAUCCCUAAAAUGGACGAAAUUUAGAAGGUUCGCAUGCGAUAACCGCUGAAGAAAACACAUUAAUUUUAUCAAUUACCAAAAGCAGGAUGGAAUCAUGAAUAUUCUCUUGUAAAAUUACCAAGCUACCGAAAAGAACAUGUUCUACUUAGUUUUCAAAAUAACUGUGAUGUUAAAUUUCAUUCAUUGUUUUCUUCCAAAAUUUUUAUCCCGAUUAUUUCAUAACCAUUAUUUCAUAACCAAUCAUUAUAUAAUAAAUAAACGAUAUAUGGGAAGACAUUUCAAACCCGGAGUUCCUGCUUAUUAUAAGAUCCUAGCUUUUGCCAGCAGUCUUGUGAUCAAAUACUAGUGCAUUUAAUAUGAAACAUUUUUAUGGUAUUCAAACAUUAUUGUCAAAAAAAUGAUUCACUACUUGCAUUUCAUUUUUUAGACCACUUGUUAGAGAAAGUGGUCUUUAUCUAAUCAUGUUUGAGGACAAAACCUUUGCUGUCAGAGGCUUAAUUUCUGACAAUAUUUGACUGUAAUCAGUGGUAUAUUUUGAGGAGAAAGCUUGGAAAAUUAAAAGUAUGGAACAUUUUUGGGGAAAAGUUAAGGAAAAAUUCGUGAAAUUUAUGAUUUUAGAAUAUCUUAGGAUGGAUUGUCAUAUUACCGUGCUGUUCAUUUGUCAGAUUUCUAUCAUACUUCGUAAUUCCACCAAUCACAGCCACUCAUUCUAGGAAAUCUGAUCAUAUUACGACCGGCCAUUUUACGGUUAAACCACAAAGACACUUACGGAAAUUGGGUUGUCAAUAUCGUGUGAAUAACAGCAAAUUUGUUUUAAUAGAAUAUUAUAACUAAGUUCAACAAGCAUCAGUUUAGUAUUUGUAAAUGAUAAUUCUAUCCUCCAUAAUUUACCUCUCGCCUACGUUUUACAAUCAAUAACACUCGCAUUUUGGUGUUCACUUACUUUGGCCUGGCGGAGACGCUGGCAGCGCACUCCACACAUUAGGCCAUAUAAAAAAAAUACCUUGUUUAGCGUCCAAAUUUUCAAAAAAUGUCAGUGGGGCAGUGAUUCAAGUGAAUGAAAUUGAUGCGACAUAAGAUAUUUUUGGACCAUCCAGGUACAUUUUUAUUAAGUCAACUGCAUAACCGAAAUAAAAUCUAAGUUGCUAUAUCAAUUUAUUUAGUGCCACAUUCUAUAAACACUAAAUCCCUGGUGAGGUUAACUGUAGUUGUGACUCAAUGUGAUAAAAAAAUUUAAAGACGGA